AUGCGGAUUGAUUCGUUGUCGUACAGAGUCCUAUUCAAAGCAAAGAGAUUGUUGGGACUUGAUCCUGGGGUUCAUCCGAUAGUGUGGAGAAGUGAGUAAACGGGAAUUCUAAAUAUGAUUUUUGCUAUGGUUGAAUGAUUUGAGAUCACCGUGUUUUUCAGAAGAGCCUCAAGUGAACUACGAAUUUCCAACUCAUCUAAUACCCAAACUAAACGAAAAGGAACGAAGAAAUGUUUUGAGUUUUCAAAAAGAACUUGAAGUAAGCGAUAUAACUUUAAGCAAUUCUCAUAGACCAUUGCAAUUGUCCAAAAUAGACAGAUUUUUAAAAAAUUACGUGUUAUUCUGAUAGGCUCACUUCCUUAUAAAAAAACUCUUAUUGUAAAAUCAUAGGUGGAAUUUUCUGCAAAAAUGCAAUCGCAAAAAAUGUAAAUUUUGGGUACUGUAAUAUCAGCAACCCUGCGUAAAUGUAGAGACAAUUUUGAAUGUGACUAAUUUGAAUAAUUCAGGGAUACUUGUUGUUUUGUGAAGUCUGCCCAUUAUGGAUACGUUAUUUUAUUAUGACAUGUUAAUGGAGAUUAUUUUUAAGGUCCUGAGCCGAAUAUACACCUUCCUCCCAUCAGCGGUUGAUGACAAAUUUUGGCUGAAAAUUGCGAGAUGCGACCGGACGAAAGAGCGGUUUGACGCUUUAAAAUUUAUGAAGACAAAGGAAAAGCUGGAAGAAAAGGAUGAGAGACGGAAGAAGGCGAAUAUAGAAAGGAUUAAAGAAGAUGGUGAGCGUGUUCCCGGGUACAACAACUACUCGGAAACUCCCUACCUGGCUGAUCAAAGUAGACUGCGUAAGUUUUUGAUUGCUUUUGACCUUUUUUUUAGAAGCUCAUUCAAUUUUCACGGAGAACUCGAGACUUGUAAGAGCAUAUCAAUUACAAGAUCGCCCCGCAGUCGCGGUGGAUUGCCGAUUCCUGCAAGAUCAUUCGCAACGAGGUCUUGCUUUGACGUUUGUUCAGCUGAAUUACUUGUUUGGACAAAACCGACAACGAAAAGAGCCCUGGAGAUUGGACUUUGUUAACUAUGAUGACAAUGUUCCGAUUUUGAGAGAAUGCCGUAAACGGUACGUCAUUCUGAUAUCGACUUUAUCGCACACGGUUAAUUUUUGUUAUUUUCAGAUACCUUCUUCAAUUCGAAAGUAGUAAAAAGGUCUGUGGCCGUCUCACCAAUGAAUCUUACCUGGAUCUCUAUAAUAAAGAUGACGUCAUUUAUCUCAGUCCCCACACUGACAAUGUCCUCAGUUCGGAGGAAGUUCUAGACCCAAAGAAAUGUUUUGUAAUCGGGGGAAUUGUUGAUCGAGUCAAAGAACUUAACAUCCACCCAGAAGCUUCAGCUCUAGUAGCGCAACAGGAAGGAGUUCAGUUAAGGAAAUUACCGUUAGAUUUGAUAGAGUAAGUUGUGUAGCUAUGGCUGAUAUAUCGCUUUAGAUGGAAAGCUGGAAGCCAAUUCUUGACGUUCACCACAGUCUUGAACAUUUUGCAGCAAACUUUUGAGGCAAAUGGAGAUUUUAGAGGCGCAUUGGAACGGUGAGUCGUUUGAAGUUUUUUGAUAGAUUUUAAACGUGAUGUGGUAUAUAAUGAGUUUCUCAGAGCGAUCCCCCGACGUCAUCUGUCUACCAUGAAGGACUCCAAACCCCAUAUCGCGAAUAAAUAUGAUAAUCUCAGGGAGUACGAACGAAACAUUCUCAGACUUGUCACAGAACACACACAACAAGCAGCUCAGGAAGAGGACCCCAAAGCGUCAAGAUGGGCUUGGUUUUAA